CUCGCCUAUAUAUUCUCUGUCUAAUUAUUUCUGAACCCUCUUUCGCCCUCUUUGCUCUCUCUCCUCUUUCCGUGUUCCUCUUUGCUCUCUCUCCUCCCCUUGUUUGGUGGAACGAUCUCAGAGUUAGCUCUGCAAUCAUGUUGGUCUACCAGGACUUGCUCACCGGCGAUGAGCUUCUCUCUGACUCGUUUCCAUACAAGGAAAUCCAUAACGGGGUGCUGUGGGAAGUUGAGGGGAAGUGGGUUGUUCAGGGAGCAGUUGAUGUAGACAUUGGUGCAAACCCGUCUGCUGAAGGCGGCGGUGAUGAUGAGGGUGUUGAUGAUCAAGCUGUCAAAGUAGUUGAUAUCGUCGACACAUUUAGGCUCCAGGAGCAACCUCCUUUCGAUAAGAAGCAGUUCGUUGCAUACAUUAAGAAGUACAUCAAGUUGUUGACACCCAAGCUGGAAGGAGAGAAACAAGAGGAAUUCAAGAAGAACAUCGAGGGGGCAACCAAGUUCUUGCUCGGGAAGCUCAGUGACCUCCAAUUUUUCGUCGGGGAGAGCAUGCAUGAUGACAGCACCAUGGUGUUUGCAUUCUACAAGGAAGGUGCAACUGACCCAACAUUUUUGUACUUCGGCCAUGGGUUGAAGGAAGUCAAGUGUUAAGAAGUUGGAAUGCUAAUAGCUUCGCUUCCGAGUGGGAAAAGUGUGUUUUAGUUUUAUGUUUUUAGUCGUAUUUUUGGUGUGGGUUUUGUACUACUAUGCAACUUAGAGUUUCCCUUUUUACUAUUGGAUUAUGCUACCUUUGGAAUUAAUAAACAUGGAUUGGUAUUUUAUUGAAA